CGCAGAAACGUCAACUGAGGACCGAGGCGAACAUUUCCGUUUCGAAGCAGGCUAUUUUUUAGAAUCUGCAACUGUACACGGCAAAUAAGCAUGGAUCUUCCAAUGGAGCAUGCGCUGCGACGGUCGAUGCUGCUGAUCCGUGGACAGCCGGACAAAGCGGACCACCUGCAGGACGUCCUGUUCGAUACCGCCAUCAAGUACACGCACACCGGCUAUCGGGUACUGUUCUUCACCCGAAAGCCCCUGGAACGGGUGGCGGCCAGCAUACGCGAGCAGUUUAGCGAUCUGUUCAAAAUGAUCACCUUCAUCUACGUGCAGACGAUCGAUGCGACGAUGAAGCGGCUGCUCGAUCUGCAACGCUGGACCAACUGCAUACCGGGAUUGAUAAUAGUCGAAUCGUUUGAUUUGCUGGUAACGCCGAACCCGAACGAUGGCCAGUCGAAGCAAGACUUUCAGCGCUCCCUGGUACUGUCUCUGUUGGCCGAUACGGUGCGUACGAUUUCGGUCAAACAGAAGGGCACGUGCAAUUGUAUCGUGACGCUCAAUUACGGUUCGCUGGAAACGUUACCGGUGGAGCUGUUUUACCGCGAACACAACGUGCUCGAUGUGAAUCAUGUGCACGAAUCGUCGGACAUUCUUUCGGUGAUGAUGGAAAACGAACACAGUAUUGCUAAUAAUUUACUAUGAACGUCAAAGAGGAAGCU